GCAAAGUGCCUCAAAAGUGCCAGGUCAGCACAUGCUGUCAGUCUCAUGCUGUGAUUGCCGAAACAGGCCCUGGAUUGGCUGCUAAUUAGCAAGUCAUGAGAUAGACAGAGGAAUCUUUCGUAGAGGUAAUAAGUGGGGUGAGUGAGUGAUAUUGGCGAGGAGCGGCAAACGCAGCGGAAAGACAGGCGGGCGGCUUGCUGGGCUUGAGCUUGGGUUGGGGCAGUUCGGACCAAGAGAAGGUAUAAUUUGGAAGCCGCCUCGCUCGCUCGUCGACCGCUUGUUGAGAGAGAGGCGCCUGUCUUGCGUCUGUCUGUCUGGCAAUACGACGACCCCUUAUUAAUGCCAUUGCCCCCCUUUUUGUGUCUUUGUGGCCUUCCACUACGUGCUUUCCAGUCCAGGUGCUCAUAUCAUAAGCUCUCGGGGUGGAGUUUGUGAUAAUAUCCUAGCCUUCUGUCAUUACCGCCUUUUCCUACUACCAUCUUCAUGUUGCUUCAGGCAGCUUCAUUAUCUCUAUAUACUUUCCCCCCCGUCGUGACUCGUCUCUCGCUUUUCCUUUGCUGCUGCAGCAAUCAUGGCCAACAACUUUUUUGACUCGGGCUUUGACGAGUUCCUUGGAGAGCUUGCGAAUUUUACACUUCCCUUCCCAGGUCUGCCUUUACCAGCACCCUCUGCUGCGAGCAACCGCCAGCAGCACACAUCUCAGCCAGCCCUAGGACGCCCGGCAUCCGUCUCCUUCGAGCUCCCCAGACUCCCUGCCUUCGGAGCCGUGUGGCCGGUGCCAUCAGCACCCCCGCCGGCAUUUCCUCCCCUUCCCGCCCUCCCCGGGGCCUCGUCGUGGUCUGCAGCGCAGCAGUGGCAACCACCACGACAGCCUGCACAAGCCGGAGCUCGUCCUGACGCCGCUGCAUCAUUAAUUUCCAGACCCACUUUUUCACUUUUACACGGCGCCCCCCACCCUCCGACGCCGAUGCCGUCAACGGCUCCGGUUACCACUUCUCUCCCUGGGCCCUUCUUUCAUCAACCAUCAACAACAAUCGGCUCAACCUCAGCCUCAGCCUCAGCCCAAUCCGGUCCUGCGAAUCUGCCACAGCCACGGCGCACCACUGUCAACAACCCCUCCCAAUUCCUCCCUUCUUCGUCUCGUCCCGCUAAUUCACUCCACAAUACCGUGAAUACCCCGAGAACAAUCACCCCAACCCCACCUGUGCACCAGCGCGAACCAAACAGCGACGACUUCUAUCUGAACCAACUCACCCCCGACUUUUCCACCCCUUCUCUCGAAUCAGACAGCGACCGCUUUUACCUCGACCAACUCUCUCGUGAUUUUUCCCGCCCAUCGCUCCCUUCCACCUCUGCUACUCCACAAAGGUCGGCCACGAGGAGCAAUAAUCCCGACACCAACAACGCAUUCAGCCAGACACUCCACAGGAUUCUUCCCCCUCCAGCGCCACCCGCUGGCCUGAGAGCCCCCCCGCCACCUUCGACAAGAUCCACGCCAACCUCGAACACCAACGAAGAAUCCAGCGACUCCGACUCGGCCUACACCAUGCCAGCUUCAUCGCGACCAGUGCGUCGUCGCUCUGGGCAAGCUGACCGCCUCACGCUCCCUCAUGUCCCUCGCGUCUCGGGUGCCUCCUCAUCGUCUUCCGGCGCCGCUGCCGCCAAUCAGUCACAAGCAAACUCAUCAAAGUCACAGCUGAGCCAGGCUCGGACAGCACCGCAAGCAACGCCGAGGAGAGCGAGCAAUGGCUCGAUAUCUGCGGCAGGGUCCGGCACAAAGCGCAAACGCGAGGCGUUUGAGAUCGAUGACGAUGAUCUGUUUGGAGACAACGACCUAGAGGUUGUUGACUUGGUGGACAAGGACGUGGCUGACCUGGCGUCGGACGAGAAAGAGAAGAAGGAGGACAGGAAGAAGAAUUGGGUCAAGCUGUCGCAGUUUCAGUGUGUCAUUUGCAUGGAUGAUGUCACGGAUUUGACGGUCACCUAUUGCGGUCAUCUCUUUUGCAGCGAGUGCCUACAUUCAGCUCUGCAAAUAACACCCCACAAGCGGAUCUGCCCGAUUUGCAGGCAGAAAAUCGAGAACAAGAAUGCGAGCGGGAAGUUUGGGCCUAAGAGCAAGGGGUAUUAUCCUCUGGAGAUUAAGCUGAUGACGAAGAAGAGUUUGGGGAAGAAGGUGGCGGUGGCUGCUGCUGCUGGUAGAAAUACCGGCGAGCACUGAGUUUUAGCCCUUGGAACAAAGGGCGAUUUCGGCUGAAAGCCUUGUUUUAUUCACAGGGGGGCAGCGGCAAUGAGAUGAGCGUGUCUGAAUCUGUGCAGAUAUGAAUGGAUUCACUUGGGGGAAAUGGAUGGGCUGUAUAUAGCAAGAGCCCCCACCUCCCCCUCCUCAAGUUUUGAAGGCAGGAAGCGCGACUUUAUCAGGCAUUUACAUAUGGGUCAGGGUCAUGGGACAUGGUGAAACGAACUAGGCGCUAAAGGGUUUUGUGUUGUCAGGCACAUUAAAUGGGAGC